AUGCUAAGACAAAAAUCUAGCGAAAAUAAUUUUAGAUUACCCAAAGAUAAACUGCCUGAAUGCAAUCUUUUUACACUUUUUCUAAGAAAAUAAACAUAAGCUUCUUCUGAACUAAAUUUUGAUUAAAAAAAGACUAUGAAUAAAGAAGCAAAUAAAAUAAAUCACUCAGCAAAUAGAAAUUAAAUAAAUGGACCAAAAUAUAUUUCUCAUUAAAGUAUGUCAAGUAUUACACCAGAAAGGAAUGCAUCUAAAAAGAAAUAAAUUGUAUAUAGUAAUAUGAAACAUUUAAAGAAAACUCCUUAUCAUCAUUUAUCAGUUAAUAUAAUUGAUACUGCAGAAAUGAGUGAUAGCAACUCUAAAAGCUUUCAAAAACUAAGCUUUUAGAAGUCUAGAAAACCCUCUUUAACUAUAAAAGAUUUAAACUAAUCCUAAAUCAAUUAGUGCCAUGCAGUAUAAACAAUUACUUAAAGAUCAUAGGCAAGUAGCUAGUGCAAAACUAGAAAAAGUUCUAUUUCUGCGGAUUUAGCACAUAGACAUACAUAAAGAAGUAGCUUUAUAUAGGGAAUUAAUAAUGUUAAUCUGAGUCAAAAUAGAACUACUCGGACAGAGUAGUCUUAAGAAAGAUCAAAUUCUAAAUUCAAAGCUAAGAAAAUGCCUAAUUUUUAGGUUCCUUUUAUUGUUUAUAAAUCAAACAAACCUUUGACUACUUUCUAAGAAUUUAAUUUAGCAACAAGAUAAAGAAGCUCAAGCGGGUAGCAUGCAAGUAAUACAAACGAUGCUAAAAUUAAUAAUGUGAGUAAUACUACAAGCAUCAAAAAGAGCAACAACACUAGUAUAAAUGUUUGUGGAAAAGAAAAUAAAGAAUAAAAUACUUUAAAUACAAUAAUAAGGCCAUAGUCAAGCUAAAGUAAAUCUUCAAACAGAACCUAUUUCAAUGAAAAUAUAAACUACUAAAAUAUGCAAAAUUAUAUAAGUCAAUAGUAAGAUUUCUUAGAAUAAUAAAAUUAGUGUUCUUAAUAUUAGAAAUUUUUCUAAAAUUUUCAUACACAAUAAUAGCAAUAAGUCAGCAGCAGCAGGAACAAUAAUAAAAACUCAUAAAGAAAUCAAACUAGUAACAGAAUAAACUCUUCUAACUAGUCAUCUUCAGUUAAAGACAAAUAAUUUACUUUAUAAAUGCUAAAGAAUUAAAGUAAUAAACAGUAUUUCUGA